ACCACUCACAUUCAGCAUGGCUGAAAGAAAAUCUGUGAACAAAUAUUACCCUCCUGAUUGGGACCCAAGCAAAGGGUCUGUCAACAAGCACUUCGGUCAGCACCCACUAAGGGACAGAGCUCGGAAACUCAAACAGGGGAUUCUUGUCAUUAGGUUUGAGUUGCCCUACAACAUCUGGUGUGGAGGUUGUAAUAAGCCUGUAGCGAUGGGAGUGAGGUACAAUGCUGAGAAGUCCAAAGUGGGCAACUACUAUACAACGCCUAUUUACAAGUUUCGAAUGAAGUGUCACUUGUGUGAUAACCACUUUGAAAUACAGACAGACCCUAAGAACCAUGACUAUGUGAUCUUAAAUGGAGCGCGUCGGAAAGAACAAAGAUGGGAUCCUAAAGACAAUGAACAAAUCGUACCUGAAGAUAAAGCUACACAGAAGAAGCUGGCUACUGAUGCCAUGUAUAAACUAGAGCAUGGAUCAGAUGACAAGGACGCCGGUAAAUCUCGGGUGAUGAACCUAGGCCAGAUAGAAGGCCAAAGGGGGCAGUGGAAGGAUGACUAUAUGAUCAACAAAUUGGCAAGGGAAAAAUUUAGGAUGGAGAAAAAGCAUAUCAAAGAAGCACAGGCUUUGGAUGACAAACUUCUGGAAAAGUCUUCUCUAGAUAUACAACUGGUCGAGGAGGAUGAAGCAGAUGUACGACUGGCUGGACUUCUGAAAUAUACUGCCACCGAAUCGUUCGAUGAAAAGCAGCAACAGAAAAGAAAAGAAAUAGAACAGAAACCAAUAUUCCAAGGUGUGUCUGUGACAAAUGAAUCCAAACCAACAUCAACUAAAGACAAAACAAAGGAAUUAAUCAAACAAAAGUUUGCAGGCAAAAUAAGUACAAAUAGAAUCAAUGUGUUUAAUUCCCCUGCUAUAAUGUCCAAAACAGAAAAGCAGCAUUUGAAGCAGUCCUUGGGAGUUCGCAAACGAUUGUCUACACCUGAACAAGAAAGAGUUAACUCCCCUGGAACGUCAGCUAUGCAUGGCUCAGUUGCAGAUGUAACUACUAGUGGUAAUGAUCAGAGAGGAAAAAACAACUGUGAUAAUAACAAUAUUGAAGACUCAAGUUCCAGUGACUUUUCGAAGACAGUUGACAAGUCAUGUGACAAUGAUGUAUUGAACAAUGACAGCACCAGCUCUCCUGGUCCUGUUUCUGCCAAUACAAUAGGGCUCGGUCUUGUGUGUACUUACAGUGAUUCAGACAACACAGAUAGCUCCAGUGAUAGUUUGUAACACUUGCUGAAAUAAAAUUCUUUAAAAAAAGUCA